AUGAGCCCUCACGCGAGGCAGCCGAAGCCACUCCAAGAUCGUCAGCGGCAGGAUCAGCAGGGUGAGCCGCUGGUCAAGGCUAGGCAGGUGAGGAGGCGGCUGCGCACGUCCACGAGCAGGCCGUUCCAGGAGAGGCUGGUCGACAUGGCGGCGGCCAGGAAGGAGAUCGCCGCCGCUCUCAGGGUCCACAGGGCCGCCGCCGCCGCGGUGACCAUGCGAUCCAGAGAUCAGCACGAGCAGCAAGCGCAGUGGCCCCCCUGCGACGCCUUCUUCUCCGACCACUUGCGCGACGACUCCACGCGGCGUUACCACGCACCUGUACUUCCGGUCGCGCCGCCUGUCGUCGUCGGCGGUGGCCUGCUGGGUCACCUGGACCGCAGCCUCCCGGCGCUGCCGCUAGGCCUCAACCUCAGCUUCCAUGGUUUUGCUGGCUCAUCUGUGUAUGAUGCCACUAACAGUGCUGGCGCUUCUCGUAACCGUCCUUUGAUCCAACCGCCGCCCGCUGACUCCUCUGACUCUCGGGCGCGUUCGUCUCCCCCAUUGGCGGUGAUGCUGAGCCAAGAAGGUUCACCGGCGGUCGACGCCCUGGAGAACGCGGCGUCGUUGGCAGGCGCGCCACACAUGGGGCCGGAGGGCGAGAGUGAGGCCACCUCCUUGCUUGGGUGGGGUGACGCGGCCGCCACGCCGGCGUGCGCGUGGUGGAGCGACGUCCUCGAUCAGGGCACCGAGGGUAGCGGCUGCGUCGGCGAGCUGUGCGCGCCGGCCGGGCACGAAGGAGGCGACGUUGACGUGGCGAGUAUGCCGGCUGCGGGGUGGCUGUACGAAGGCUCCGGCGACCAAGGAGUCACAUGGAGCGGCAAGCCGGUCGGCGGCCAGGAGACGCAUCUCUACCACCAGCGGGACGGCGAAGACAUCGCCUUGCCAUGCAUGGAGAUCGAAGGAUGGCAUGGGAAAUGGUUCGAUGAGGAGCCAAUUUUUCCUUAG